CCUCGUUUCACUUUUGACUCCAAACAAAACUAUGCCAUUUGACCCUUCUUCACCGAUGUGCCGUCUCACCCACGAUCAGGAGCUUUCCAUUAUAGUCUCUGCUCUCCAAAAUGUUGUCUCCGGCACUGCUUCCGACUCCGACGCCCCCAUCGAUUUCACGACAGAGUUUCUCCAACUUUCUUCUUCGGAUUUGGACACGUGUCGGUUUUGUAAGAUUCAAGGGUGUCUCGGGUGCAAUUUUUUCCCUCCAACACGAGAUGAAAGCAAGAAUCACAACAGUGAUGGAAGAAAAGCUACUCCGAAUAAGAAGAGGGCGAAGAAAAACUACAGGGGAGUGAGACAGCGACCUUGGGGGAAAUGGGCAGCAGAGAUUCGGGACCCGAGGAAGGCCGUACGUGUCUGGCUUGGAACUUUCAAGACGGCUGAGGACGCCGCCCGGGCCUAUGAUAAGGCCGCCGUUGAAUUUCGCGGCCCACGAGCCAAGCUCAAUUUUCCAUUUCUAGACACUUCGUUGGUUCAGAACGUCGAUACUCCGCCCGAACCGGUGCAAAGUACAACGACGACGACAACAACGGCAGCAGCAUCAAUCAACGAGAAUCAACGAAGUAGUUUCUAUGAAAUGUCAGCUGAUAAGGGAGUUGAAUCUGGGGAUGACGAACUUGGGCAAUGGAUGACGGCGAUGAUGGAUUGCACCACCGAUUGUUCGUUCGAUUCAGGGAAUGGUUAUGGACUUCUUCAUUAUUAAUAUUUUUAAAAUUAUAUUAUAUUUAUUUUUUGGAGGAGAAGUGAGUUUAGGCCAUUUUUAUGUGAUGAAAAUCAAUCUAAUUUUCUCCCUCGUAUCUCUGUAUCAAAUGAAACUUGUCCAAAUACUAAUUUUGUCAAGCAUAUCUGUACGGUUCCGUUUUAUUUAUUUUUAUUAUUUUUACUAAAAAGGGCAAUUGGUUUGGAUUUAAAAGCAAAGGAAUGUUUGGCUGCUGAGAAAGUGUGUAAAUUUAGUGGUUAGGACCCCACACGUGGCAGUGACACCUCAGCUGGGAUGUCACUUUAUAAUUUAGCACGUGACUUUUAUAAUCCAAUGAUUAAAUUACAAUAUAACUGAAAAGAAGAGGAUGGCAGUUGACCACUCACGUUUACAAUGUGGAUAUUAUUUGUCACUUGGAGUGGAUAUUACAAUGUGGAUAUUAUUAUUUGUCACGUGGAGUGGAUAUUACAAUGUGGAUAUUAUUUGUCACGUGGAGUGGAUAUUAUUUGUGCUAUAAUAUAAUAAAAGGAUAAGAAAUCUUUUACGA